AUGCAUCAAGAAGUUGAGUCUUACGCUCCAUCAGUGAGCUCAUCUUCGGUGUUCAAAGAAGAAGAUGACGCCAGCAGCUUGUUUUCAAACGACUCAGACUACUUGAUGGAAAUCGGGGACGGAUCAGAUGCUAACGAGACGGUCCUGCCCAAAACAGAUUUUCAUUCCCCAUUCUAUGUCAACGUACCUACGCCGAACCAGUCACCAUUGAGCAUCGAGUACUCUGAUGGAGGACCGGAUGCAGCAAAUAGUUUUGUUCGUGAGUACCCAACGGACAUUUUACUGGAUAGGUUCACGAAGUGGAGAAAGAUACUGAAGGGAAUAGCUAACUAUUUGCGUGAGGUUUCCUACGCCCAAGAGCAGUUCGCUAGAAUCAACUACCAACUAAAAGGGUCUGUGAAGUUCCCUUUCUUGACAGACCUCGAAGAGACCACCAACAGGCUUGUGGAUCCACUAGUCCAAAAGGGCAAAAAGCCAGCUGCAUCUGCCACCAAUCUCAACAAAGUGAAGAACAUAGAGGAGGAUUUGGCUCAUGCUACUCAGUCCCUUCCUGAUUUAUCUUUGCAACCAGGAGCUGUUGAUGACAGCUCAUCUGCUUCUUCAGGUUUUAUGAAGUUUGGUUCAGGUUCCGUUCAAGACAUUCAAGUUGUGCUCAAAAAGUACCAUUUAUCUCUUGCUAACCAGCAAUUGAAGAUGUCCAAAGAACUGACCAGUAUAGUCAUACCAAGAAUUGAUGAACUCCGUAAGGAUCUUCAAGCCAAAAUCAAAGAAAUUAAAGAGCUGCAUGGCGACUUUAGAACAAAUAUCAACGAGCACGUUGCACUUACUGGACAGCUUUUGCAAAAGUACAUGGCUUCGAUCAAAUUCAUCUCUACGCACUCAAAGAGCAGCGAUGCUUUAAAGUUAAAAAAUGAUCAGCACUUGAAACCAAAGCAUGAUCCAUAUUUACUGAAAUUGCAAUUAGAUUUGCAGCUUAAACGUCAACUUUUGGAAGAGAACUAUCUCCAAGAAGCAUAUAUCAAUCUUCAGUCCUCCGGUAUGGAAUUGGAAAAGAUCAUAUUCGGAGAAAUCCAGCAUACGUUACAGCGCUACUCAACUUUAAUCGACACAGAAGCUCGUGUCUCGAUAAACAAUUUAUGUCACGAGUUGCAUCAGGGAAUUUUAAACAAACCUCCUGCUGUUGAAUGGGAUCACUUUGUUGGUCAUCACCCCAAGUGUUUGAUUAACUGGAAAUCGACAGAACCCAUACCGCAACCAAGAAAACUUUCAGACAUUAGGUAUCCCAGGAUGAAAUCCGCACUUGCUAAGUGCAUAAGAGCCGGAUACCUUUUGAAGAAAUCUAAGAUUUUAAAGAAUUACAAUAAAGGCUAUUUCGUGCUAACGAGCAAUUAUCUGCAUGAAUUCAAGAGCAGCAAUUUUUUCAAACAAACUCAAGAUACCACAGAAAAAAAGGAUCAUGGUGAAGUUCAGACUGGGCACAAGAAACGAGGAUUAACGCCAGUCAUGAGCAUACCUCUCAAUGAAUCAAUACUGAUGGAAAGUUCGGAUAACAAGUUCGCAUUGCAUGGUAUGACAACAUUUAGUAAUCAGUAUGAAAAGAAAUCGACUGAUACCGGGAAAAUGAUAUCAAAAUCUACUUCUACGAUACAUAAGAUCUUGAAAACAGGCGCUAAAGUUCAAGCUCAUAAGAAGGGCCACAAUCACACCAGUUUAGAAAAAAAGCCAGAGAUCCCAACUACCCCAGUAGCUACAGAAUCAAACAAAGUAACAACUUGGGUAUUCAAAACAGUUUCCCAAUCAACCCCUGAAGAUGCAAAGGAUUUCAAGAAAUGGGUCACUGAAUUGAAGAAUUUAACAACUUUCAAUAACUCCAUGGAUAGAGCCAAGUUUAUUGAAGAAAAGAUCCUGAGAGCUCAUUCUCGUGCCAGUUCAUUGAAUCUGAUCAAACUCAACUCAGAAAAUAGCGUGAACUCGGCUAGCUUGAGCCGCAUUGCGCUAACCCCAGUGAAGUCAUCGAGGGUUGAUAGGGAUAACAAGCCUCACUUCAUUCAAAUUGGGCAGCAACCACUUCUUGAUCCCGCAUCUUUGAGAUCGAAAGUUAAUACGCCGGCUAUUGACGACAACGGGAAUCUGAUUAUGGCUAUGGAUGGAAGACCACCUUCAGUGUUCAGUGUCUCUGCCUUGUCAUCUCCGCAUCAAUCCCCCAACCAAUCCGCAGCGUCAAUUGGGGCCAAUUCGGGCUCAAGUCAAGGUGGUCAGACGUCUCCUCAAUCUCACCAGGGAUUUGCUAUUACCAGUAACGGUGUUACUGCGAUAACCCAUGCGCCUGCAGUACACAAGAGAAAUGUAUCUAUACACUCUGCUCCAACAAGUGGUCCUAACUCAGACCAUUCCUCUCCCAAUGUCCCAAUCAGUACGCCAGGCAGCGUUCUAUCCGGUGGGAGCGGUGGUGGUUAUUUUGCUAUUCCAGUACGGGCGACAUCCCAAAGUUCGACUCCCAAUAGUGUAAGUGGGGACGUAAUUCACGGAUCCCAUAGCCAGGCGUCACUGCCAAGAGUUCGCCUGAACGAUCAGGACAUGGCACACGAGAGAUCUGAGCGUGUCGGCAGCCCUACUCUCAGGGGCGAGCGCCCAGGUAUGACUUCUAGAACAUCGGACGGUCAGUUGGCUAGUAGACCCACUUCUUAUCACAAUGUUAGAAAAAGCAUCAAUUCCAGUGCUACAUCACUAUCAAGUGGGGGUGAAUCGCUUGGCAACCUUUACUUGAAUCCAAGGCAAAACAAUAGUGCACAUGCUCUAACUUCCACUAAGACUCAACCGAUUAGAAAACAUCGCAAAAAUGUUUCAUUUGGAUCACUGAACAGUCUUCUUUUCUCAAAAAAGGCAGGGGAUGUUAACAACAACAAUAUGACGGAUUAUUUCAUGUCCGGAAAUAGAAUUCAGGAAAACGAUGAUGACACCAUUAACUUAAAUCAAUCAUUAUAUUCUUGA